AUGCCCAAGCGGAGUAAAUUGCUUCAGGCGCUGGACGACCAUCGCGGUCGCGACUACGACGCUGAGAAACAGAAGAAGCAAGUGAAGGCGGCGAACAAGAAGAAGGCUGCGAAGGGCGAGAAGGUCGAGGCCCAGCCCUCGAAAUCGAAGUCUAAGAAACACGACGCCGAGAAGGCCGACCCCGAGGAGGAGAAGGAGGAGGAUGAGUCCGAGAACGAGGAAGAGGAAGUGGAAGUGAAGGCCCCUGCUGAGGAAGACGACAAGAAGACCGGCGACAACGAAGACGACGAGGAGGAGGAAGAGGACGAAGAGGAAGACGAAGAUAUCCCGCUCUCCGACCUCUCCGACGACGAAAGAGAAGAUGUGGUGCCGCAUCAACGUCUCACAAUCAACAACUCGGCUGCCAUCAACACCUCCAUCAAACGCAUCUCCUUCAUCACCCCUCAGACCCAGUUCUCCGAGCACAAUUCCCUUGUCUCGCAAGAGCCCAUCGAAGUCCCCGACCCCAACGACGACUUGAACCGCGAACUGGCCUUCUACAAGGUCUGCCAGGCGGCUGCCACGUCGGCGCGUGGUCUGCUGAAGAAGGAAGGUGUGCCGUUCACCCGUCCGGGCGAUUACUUCGCGGAGAUGAUCAAGACGGACGAGCACAUGGGCAAGAUCAAGAAGAAGCUGUUCGACGAGGCGGCUGCGAAGAAGGCGGCGGCCGAUGCGCGCAAACAGCGUGAUCUGAAGAAGUUCGGAAAACAGGUGCAGGUGGCUAAGUUGCAGCAGAGACAGAAGGAGAAGCGUGAGACGUUGGAUAAGAUCACCGCUUUGAAGAAGAAGCGUAAGGAUGAUACCUCCGGCCCUACAGAUGAUACCAACAACCUGUUUGACGUUGCCAUCGACGAUUCGAACCAGCCCGGUAGCCGGAAGCGCGGCCGUGACGAGAACAGCGGUCCCUCGAUGAAGCGUCAGAAGAAGAACGAGAAGUUUGGCUUCGGCGGCAAGAAGCGCUUUGCUAAGAGCGGCGAUGCCGCUUCCAGUGGAGACAUGCGCGACUUCUCGGUGAAGAAGAUGAAGGGAGGCGCUAAGAGACCGGGCAAGAGCAAGAGAGCGGCCGCGAAGGGACGGGGUUGA